CGAGUCCCGCGGGCCAGAAGCCGGCUGUCCCUCUCCGCGUCGCCGCCGCCGCCGCCUGGCACCGUGGAGCUGGGGCCCCCUUUCGCCUGGGAGUUUUGUAGCCGCCUGGGGUCAGCGGUGACAUCCCAAAGGGCUGGCCCGGCAGCCGCCAUGGUGGCCAAGGAUUACCCCUUCUACCUCACGGUCAAGAGGGCGAACUGCAGCCUGGAGGUGCCCCCGGCCAGCGGUCCCGCCAAGGACGCCGAGGAGCCUAGUAAUAAACGGGUCAAGCCCCUUUCCAGAGUCACGUCACUAGCAAACCUCAUCCCCCCUGUGAAGGCCACUCCAUUAAAGCGCUUCAGCCAAACCCUGCAGCGCUCCAUUACUUUCCGCAGCGAAAGCCGCCCUGACAUUCUCGGCCCCCGACCCUGGUCCAGAAAUGCCGCUCCCUCAAGCACAAAGCGGAGGGACAGCAAGCUGUGGAGCGAGACCUUCGACGUGUGCGUCAAUCAGAUGCUUACGUCCAAGGAGAUCAAACGCCAGGAGGCGAUCUUCGAGCUCGCUCAAGGAGAAGAAGACUUGAUAGAGGACUUGAAACUAGCAAAAAAGGCCUAUCAUGACCCCAUGCUGAAACUCUCCAUAAUGACAGAACAAGAGCUGAAUCAAAUUUUUGGAACACUGGACUCUCUCAUUCCUCUACACGAAGAACUCCUUAGUCAGCUUCGAGACGUCCGGAAGCCCGAUGGCUCGACUGAACACGUGGGUCCCAUCCUCGUGGGCUGGCUGCCUUGUCUAAGCUCCUACGACAGCUACUGCAGCAAUCAAGUGGCCGCCAAAGCUCUCCUGGACCACAAAAAACAAGAUCACCGCGUCCAAGAUUUCCUACAGCGAUGUUUAGAAUCCCCCUUUAGCCGCAAACUAGACCUCUGGAAUUUCCUUGAUAUUCCAAGAAGCCGUCUGGUGAAAUAUCCCCUGCUUCUCCGGGAAAUCUUGAGGCACACGCCGAACGACAACCCAGAUCAGCAGCACUUGGAAGAGGCUAUAAACAUCAUUCAGGGAAUUGUGGCCGAAAUUAACACCAAGACUGGGGAAUCUGAAUGCCGCUAUUAUAAAGAGCGGCUUCUUUACUUGGAAGAAGGCCAGAAAGACUCCUUGAUCGACAGCUCCCGAGUCUUGUGUUGCCAUGGUGAGCUGAAGAACAACAGGGGAGUGAAACUGCAUGUAUUCCUGUUCCAAGAAGUGCUCGUGAUCACGCGAGCUGUCACCCACAACGAGCAGCUCUGCUACCAGUUGUACCGGCAGCCCAUCCCCGUCAAGGACCUCCUGCUGGAAGACCUGCAGGAUGGAGAAGUGAGGCUGGGCGGCUCCCUGCGGGGCGCAUUCAGCAACAACGAGAGAAUUAAAAACUUCUUCAGAGUCAGUUUCAAAAAUGGAUCCCAAAGUCAGACCCAUUCACUACAAGCCAAUGACACCUUCAACAAACAGCAGUGGCUCAACUGUAUUCGUCAAGCCAAAGAAACAGUUCUGUGUGCUGCCGGGCAGGCUGGGCUGCUUGACACCGAGGGACCCUUCCUAAAUCCCACCACGGGGAGCAGGGAGCCACAGGGAGAGAUGAAACUUGAGCAGAUGGACCAGUCAGACAGCGAGUCAGACUGCAGUAUGGACACAAGCGAGGUCAGCCUCGACUGCGAGCGCAUGGAACAGACAGACUCCUCCUGCGGGAGCGGCAGGCACGUGGAGAGCAACGUCUGACCGGCGUGUGCGCUUCCCGGAAGGAGCCCUGUGUCUUACCUGGACAGUAUUUGCAUUCCACGUACGGAACGGUUUGGAGAAGCACUUUUUAAUACUUUUGUGACUGUGUCGGCUCAGUCUCUUGUAUCUCUACCUGUGUCCCUAGUACUGUAACUGCCAAUCAACCUGUUAAUGUAAGCUGGAAUCUGUGGCCACUGUUAUCCUGUAUUGUAUUUCACACAUGUCUGGAUGGAUGGAGAGGUACUUGAACAAAUUACAUUCAAUUGUCCUGCUGGAUUAAAAAAAAAAAAAAAAAAACAGAAAAAGAAUCUCUAAACUACUGUUUUAUGUAGAUUGCUUGAAGAGUCCUUCCUCCCAAGCUCCUUGAGUGCUCUUCUAGCUCUUUGGCGUAGUAGCAGAAGGCACGGAAUUUAGAGGGCCUUGCCAACAGGGUUACGAGGAAGUCGCCCAUGUGUUGGGAUGGCCCUGGAGGGAGAGCUGGAACGCUCGGUGCUUGAAGGGAAACUGGUAGGAUGUUACUCAACCAGAGAAAGUGGGAAAACAUCGCUGGGGAUUCUGAAGGCUUCAUUUUCGAUGGAGGACACGUGGUCUGGACUUUGCAGUUUCAAAUCCAGUGCAAGUUAGAUGCAAUAACCUGUUAGGAGAGAGAGGCUGGCCUUCAAAAAGGGCCGGAACGAAAGCAACUGCAAACUCUAAACCUUUCGCUGAAAGGCGCAUGGCACCAGGAAGGGUCUGUCUUAGUUGGUGGCUUACCUUCGAGAGCCAUUUCUAGCCUAAAACAUGAGACGAGCACCCAGGAGCCCGGGAAAGCCCUCCAGGAUACUGAGAUGCCCUGUCUUCGUUUGUCUCGUCUGCCUAGGCCCACCCCCGUCUUAGCGUAAAGGCCAUGGUGAGGCAGAGACCCGGACUGUGUCAGCGCCUCUGUUUACAUGAACACACGCGAGGAAGACUUUGUGACUAAGAAGCACUUCCUCAGGGCCUGCUCUGAGAACCAUUAAAAGAGAAAAGUACCUAGUGCCUCUGAGAAAGGCCAGAGCCUUGAGUUUUCCUGCUCUGCUUUUGUUUCAUCCUUCAGCCAUCUCUGGUUCUGUGUUGUAAUCAUAAUUACAUUCUCCAGAGAUUUCAUUAACUCUGAUUAAUUAGGAUCAGCUAGCCAAACUAGUAACCUCUUUUUCCAGCCUUGAUUUACAUACAGUUCAGGGUGGGGUAUAGACCUUAAAAAAAAGUUAAGUAAAUACCGAAAAAGCUCCCUGAAAGUGUAAAUAUUAAGAGGAGCUGUGUAAAAUUAUACCCACACCAGCACUAGUAGUAAUCCUAAAUUAUUGCCAAAAACAUUUUUUAAGUCUUCGGAGUCUUUCAAGUUUACAGAAAAGAAAGCAGUAAAUACAAAUGUCAUUUUAUUAUGUCCAUAGUCAUGUGCAUUCAGAGAAGCUGUGUGACAAGAUCUAUCCAUAUAAAGACAAAGUAUAUUACUUUAUUAUUUUUCAAGAGCAAAAAAUAUUGUGGUCAACCUUUCCCUGUAAAACAUAUUUCUGUAUUUAUAGAUUUGAAACAUGGUGAAUUUUUUUCUAUUACAAGUUUAUUUAAAAUGGCUUCGUUUCUCAAGUUGUUACUGAUUUUGCAAGUCAGUGAACCUCCUGCAGAAGAAAGCCAAGAAAAGCCAUCUGAUGGUGAAGAAAAUUGAAUCAUUCUUUGCAGGAGCCAUCGGACACUUUGGCCAAUGUGUUGAUGAAAGAGUUUGUCAAGUAUUGGCCAGUGGGAAGAAAGUCAAUGAAUGUUUUGAUAAAAUGAAUGUUUUUGUAUAAUGGCCUUAAACUUUUCUGGAAGCAUUUCAAAUAAAUUACAUUAAAAUAUCGUC